AUGUAUUCCAUUGUGGAAUUUCUGGAGGCGAAGGAGGUGGAGUUGGUGCCAUCAGUAUGGGUCACCAAUGGUCAUUGUGCGUGGCCCUCGGGUUUGAGGGGCACGGCACUAAGCCUUGCAGUUCGUACUGCGACCCCUGUGGAGCCAACGUGGGAGCAGUACCGCGUGCGAGUACUAUAUACAACUGAGAACUAUGAAGAGGGCCGGAGGAAAUUGAGGGAAGCCGAAAUAACAUCCGACCUCCAGUCAGAUGUGGAGACUGAAAAGAACAAAAAACGUCGUCGCAAAGCAAUGAAAAACCAUCAUUUUAUAUCAUCUUCAGAGGAUGAAGCGCCGAUGUCCUCCAUCCCUGCGGCCCAAGCCGUUCAUUUUAAUGCAUGCCCCCCUCCUCCCUUUGUUAAUUUUGACCCACCCGCCCCCAGUCAAUCACCACCCCUCCCCCGAACAUACACGGAGCUCACGGCAGAAAGCUCUCAUGGAAGCCACUCUGUAAUUUUAAAGGAGGUCCUAACUAAAUUAGAAAUGGUGCUGCAGCAAAACGACACCAUUCUCAGAAUACUCCAGCACCAGGCUACUCCUCCAGGCUUGGAGGAAGCCAUUGACCUGCCACUUGCAGACCUCCCGCAGCUGUUGGCAAUGGAGGACAAGCUUGGCUCACCAGAGUUCCGCUGUUCACUGAAAAUGAAUUGGAGGGGGGUCAACGGCAAGACUGCCCUGGCCACCCUGCAUUUGCGCAAGGUUGUCGUCGGUGCUGUGCGUAAAAACCCGAUUAUAGGGUUUACAACCGAGGCAGAGGUGGAGGACAAGAUGAAAAGAUGGCUCCAACUGAGUGCAGACAGGGAGGGGGGUAGAAAGAGAAGGCUGCUUGCUAAGGAGGGAUUAGGGCUGUAA